GCCAGCCAGCCCGCCCCCGCGUCGGCGAAAAGCGCUCAAGCCUCGCCGAGAUGUCGCGGCUGUUGCUGCUGAGCCGCGUUUGCGCCAAGUGCAGAUGUCUCCCCCCACCAGGCGCGCGUAAUUCGGCUUCGUCGCCGACCGACCGCCGAGUGUCGGGCGAGCGGUCCGUCUUUCCGCUGCGGCGACAAAGGCAGCUCGCGAGGAGGUCGGGCGCGCCGACUUUCGGACGGCGCGGGAAGUCCGCCGUUUGGUUCUACGGGCUCGGCGCCGGACUAGCGUUGGCUCUCGGUCUGAGGCACCGCUCCGACCCGGCGGACGGUUCGUGCGACGACGAAGCGACGCGUGACGAGGGGGCUCGGCGGUACGACGCUGCGAUCGAAGCCAGCAGGGACCACGUGGAGCGGAUAAAGGAUGAGGUCGGGGCCCCUGGGCUGGUGAUAGGGGUGUCCGUGGAUGGCACUCAAGUCUGGUGUGAAGGAAUUGGCUGCGCUGAUUUGGAGAAUCGGGUACCGUGCCAUCCAGGGACAGUGAUGCGCAUUGCCAGCAUCAGUAAGCCCCUCACCUCCGCAGCUGCAGCGCGCCUGUGGCAAGAGGGGAAACUGGACCUUGAUGUGCCAGUUCAAAAGUAUGUCCCAGAGUUCCCCCCAAAACAGUUUGACGGAGAAGAUGUCACAAUAACCCCCCGCAUGAUUCUCUCUCACCUAAGCGGGAUACGGCACUACGAGAAGGAUGCCAAGAAGGUGAGAGAGGACAGGGAGAAAGCCAAGCGAACUUUGAAGUCUCCCGUGAAAAAGGAAAAGAGAGUGAGUGAAAACAAGGAGAACUCCAAGACGGAAGACGCCACUGAGGGCAAAGAGGCCAAGCAGGCUCUGAGGAAAAGGGAGUUUGAGCAAGAGGAGUACUACCUGAAAGAAAACUUUGACAGUGUCGUCCAGUCUUUGGACCUGUUCAAGGACGACCCUCUAAUUUUCAAACCUGGCACCACCUUCCUGUAUUCAACCCAUGCCUUCACUUUGUUGAGCGCCAUCGUGGAGCGAGCUGCCGGUCAACGCUUCUUGGAUCACAUGAUGGAUAUGUUCCGUGAACUGGGAAUGCUGAACACUGUGCCAGAUGAGAAUGAUCCUAUUAUUUAUCACCGCUCAAGAUUUUAUCAUCAUAACAAGACGGGGCGCGUGGUAAACUGCCCGUAUGUAGACAACUCGUACAAGUGGGCAGGAGGCGGCUUUCUUUCCACCGCUGGAGAUCUGCUGCUGUUUGGCAAUGCCUUACUCUACAGCUAUCAGGUGGCCCACCUGAAGGACAGCAAAGGCCUGCUGCCUGGCUUCCUCAAACCCCAAACUGCCCUGAAUCUGUGGAGCCCGGUGGACAGGACAGAGGCCAGCUGGGAUAAGGAUGGACUGUAUGCUCAGGGCUGGCUGGUGGUGGAGAAACUACAGAAAUAUGGUCAGUGUCGGUGUCGCAGGCACUAUGUCUCACACACAGGAGGGGCUGUGGGGGCUAGCAGUGUGCUUCUGGUGUUGCCCAGUGAAGAGGAUUCACUCCAACAACAGACACCACCGCUCCCACAGGGGGUAGUGGUCACCAUCCUCACUAAUAUGCAGUCUGUGGGACUCAAUAGCGUAGCUCUAAAAAUCGCUCUCGAGUUUGACAGAGCCAGAGGCCUUUGAGAGUAUGUGCUUUACUCAGCAGAAACAAAAAUGUUUACAUUUCACUGCGCAUUAAUUUCAUUUGAAUCGCUUCAUUUGAUAUCUGUCAACCUUUUUAAACAUACUUUUAAAUAAUGCCAGAAAAUAGUUUGUGAAAUCAAAUAAAUUCUACAUUUUACA